AGGAAGGCUAGUUGGGCACCAGUACUUACGGGCACACAAACGCCUAGGGGGAGAGAGAGAGAGAGAGACCAUGGCCGGAAGAAACUACCUCCCACCAAACGCCUUAAAACUCCGAGAAGCACCCUUGACGAGGGCACCACUACACCCAACCCUAAUCGACGACCCUCGCCUCCUCCACCACCACCGCAUCCCUCACCCUUCCUCCUCCUCCUCCACCGCCGCCCUCCUCGAAGACCGCAUCGCCUCCCACCACCGCGACAUCCAAUCUCUCCUCAUCGACAACCAACGCCUCGCCGCCACCCACGUGGCCCUCAAGCAGGAGCUCGCCGUCGCCCACCAGGACCUCCGCCACCUCUCCGUCGCCGCCGCCGACUUCAAGGCCGAGAGGGACGCCCAGGUGCGGGAGGUCCACGAGAGGGCGGUGAGGGUCGAGGCUGAGACGCGGUCGGUCGAGGGGAUAAACGCUGAUUUAGGUCAGGUGAGGGCCGAUGUGAAGGCGCUGACGGAUAUUAGGCAAGAGCUGACUGCGAAGCUGAAGGGGAUUGAUGAGGAAGCUGCCAGGGCGCGGUCGGAAUUGAAGCAAUUGCCUGCCGUAAAAGAUGAUAUUGAGACCAUGCGCAAGGAAAUCCAAAGAGGAAGGGCUGCCAUUGAAUAUGAAAAAAAGGCACAUGCUAGUAAUCUUGAACAAAGUCAGGCAAUGGAGAAACAGAUGAUCUCCAUGGCUCGAGAAAUUGAGAAACUACGGGCUGAACUUGAUAAUGCAGAGAAGAGAGCAAGAGCAGCUGCGGCUGCUGCAGCAACUCCAAGUCCUGGAUAUGCUUCAGGAUAUGGAAACCAUGAAAUGGUGUAUGGUGGUAAUUUGUACAUGGAUCCUUAUGCUAUGCAUCAGGUUCAAGGAAGUGCUGCUGCUCCUCAACAUGGUUCUGCAACGGCGUCUCAUGGUUUUUAUGUCGUUCAACAGGCCCAUGAACAUAGAUAAAAGCUCUCAUUCGAAUUAAAAGAACAUGAAUUCCCAUUUGCUUGGAUGCUGUUUGGUGGAGGCGAUUGUUGCUUGUUUCCCUCCAUGCCUUUUCUUUGUUUGGAAGUGUAGAUGCAGGUACCUAUCUUACUUUGUACUUUGUAGUAGAAGCCUAAUAUAAAGUUUUUGUCGCAGGACAUGAAACGUGAUACUGAAAACUGUGGUCAAUUAAUCGCCUAAUUUUAAGUCAAUGCUUUUCAUUUAAGCCA